GGAUUUUUAAUGUAUAAACCCCCCAAUUAAGUUUAAUUCGGGUAAAAACCCCUAAAUUAAAGACUCAACAGCAAAACCCCCAAACUUAUUUUUCUUAAUGAACUAAACCCUCCGUUACUUGUGCCGUCAAAGCAUAAACGCAGCGUAUUUGAAAGACCUAAAACAACAUGAUUUGUUAACAAAACAACAUGCUGUUUAAUUAGAAUGUCAUGUAGUUUUAUAAUUCCAACUCUAAAUCAUCAAGCCACGUAAAAAACUUCAAAGUCGACAAAGCUUUGGAUGAUGAACCCUAAUUCGUAAAAGGGAGAGGUUUUGAGUUUCUUUUGGUUCUUGUGAGAAUUCUAGAGAGACUGAGUUCGAGAGAGGGUGAGUUUGAGUCUGGUGCAAGAGUUGAAAUCGAUUAACUACGUUCAUGUGGGUUUGAGUCUGGUGCGAAAGUGAAAGAGUCGUUGGAAGAUGAACAGGUAAGUUUGAUUUAUUUAUAUCUUGAAUGUAUUUGUAUUUUUGUGAUUUCAUUGGGUUUUUUUUGUUCACUGUGAUUUUAUUGGUUUGAUUAUGUGUUUUGAUGGGUUUGAUUAUUUUUUUGGUAAACAGAAAAAUUCAUAUUCGUUUACACAUUGGAGGAUAUUGGGCAGCAGAUGGAACAUACAAUGGUGGUGAAACAAAAUGUUGUAGGAUUGAUUUUGAAGAACCAACUUUCAGAAUGCUUGAAAGUAUGAUCGCUAGUGGCGGUUUUCCAGAGAACAUGAAUAAAUUCUCUUAUUUUCCGUCUGGACUAGUGGAUCAGAGUAGGAAAGAUGUAUGUUGUGAUACAGAUGUGGUGGAGAUGGUGAACGCCACAAGUGUACUGGAAAGCAUAAAUCUUUUUGUUGUAAGAGCCGAUGAUCCUUAUCUCGAUGAUGUUCUCAUUGGAGGAGACGAAGAGGAGGAAGAACCGAAGAGUGAUGAUGAAUGGACGGACUUUUACAGAGAUGAUUAUGUUGAGAGUGAAGACUCAGAUGAUGAUGAGGGAAAAGUUGAGUUUCGAGUUGGCCAAGAAUUUAUUUCACAAGCCAAGUGUAGAGAGGCUAUAGAGAAGUAUGCAGUGAAAGAGAGGGUUAAUAUCCGUUUUCAGAGAUCAGAGAGGAAGAAAGUAGCAGCAGGGUGUGUAGCGGAUGGAUGCUCAUGGAGGCUAUAUGCAUCGAUCAAUAGUAGGUCACCUAAUAUGGUUGUUAGAUCGUACAAAAGUACUCAUUCUUGCUACCCUACAGGAAACGUUGCUCUCUACACUGCUCCAAAGAUAGCUGCUGAUUUUCUAAAUGAGUUUAGGACAAACCCGAACCUCAAAGCUGACCAAAUAAUGCAGCGGUUGGCUCUUAAAGGUCUUCGUGUUCCUAAGACAAAAUGUCAGAGUGCAAGGCAAAUGAUGUUGCACAUUAUCAGUGAUGAGUAUGCUGAGCAGUUUACAAGGAUGUAUGACUAUGUUGAAGAACUCAAGAAGACAAAUCCUGGUUCAACGGUCAUAUUAGGUACAAAAGAGAGAGUUUUUGAGAAGUUUUAUACUUGUUUCGAGUCUCAAAAAACUGGUUGGAAGAGUGCUUGUCGGCGUAUCAUUCACUUGGAUGGAACAUUUUUAAAAGGCCGAAUGAAAGGGCAAUUACUGACUGCAGUAGGAAGGGAUCCGAAUAACCAAAUGUUCAUCAUUGCUUGGGCUCUUGUUCCUGUGGAAAACAAGGUGUAUUGGGAGUGGUUCAUGGAGCUACUGCGAGAAGACUUAGGUUUAGAUCUUGGAAAUGGUUUAGCAUUAUCUUCGGACCAGCAAAAAGGUUUGAUACAUGCCAUCAAAAACGUGGUUCCUUAUGCGGAGCAUAGAAUGUGUGCGAGGCAUAUCUUUGCCAACUUGAAGAAAAGGCACGGCUCAGUUGAUCCUCUGCAUAAGCUAUUUUGGAAGUGUGCAAGAGCUUACAAUAAGCAUGUCUUUGAGAGAAAUCUAGAGAAGAUGAAGACAGUUAAACUUGAUGCAUAUGAGGAAGUGAAAAGGAGUGUGAAGUCAAACUGGUCUAGGUAUGUGUUUUUUUAAAUAAUAUAUAUAUAUAUAUAUAUAUGAUAUUUUGGUUGGUUUUUUUUAUUUUGUGUCGUAAUGCAUCUUGUUAUUCUUGUUAUGUAGGGCAUUUUUCAGUGACGUUACAAAGUCUCCAGCUGUUGAAAACAAUAUUAGCGAGUCUUACAAUGCUAUCUUGAAAGAAGCUCGUCGAAAACCAAUCAUUGCAUUGCUUGAAGACAUUAGGAGGCAUAUUAUGUCAAGCAACAAUGUGAAGAUCAACGAGAUGAAUAAUUUUAAGGGAUUGAUCACACCAAAAGCAUUAGCUAUAAUAGAGAAGCGCAAGAGGAGCCUGAAAUGGUGUCAUCCAUAUUCAAAUGGCAGAGGCAUUUAUGAGGUUGAUCAUGGAAGAAACAAGUAUGUUGUUGGAGUUAGAGACAAGAUUUGCUGCACUUGUCGGGCCUAUGACGUAAGUGGCAUUCCUUGCUGCCACAUCAUGUCUGCAAUGUAUGCUGAAUAUAAAGACACAAGAUUACCUGAGACUGUUGUUUCAGACUGGUAUACUGUUGAGAAGUGGAAGCUCUGCUACAACUCCCUUCUUUUUCCUGUCAAUGGGAUGGAACCUAAAAAUAAUGACAGAAUCCGUGAUCCAAGUGAAAGAACAGGUUGUGAACCAAGUCAAACUCAAGAUGAGCCAACAGAAACACCUUCAGAAAAAAUUGUUGUGGUAUGUGUUGCUUGUUAUACGCAGAACUCUGUAUUCUUUUGUUGGUUUUAAUAUGGGUAUGUGAUGCUUGUUAUAUGCAGAAAUGUUCUAACUGCGGAGAAUCUGGACACAACAAAAGAACGUGCAAGCAACCACCGGUCAAUCCCCCCAAUCCACCCAAACCAUCUUCAGAAUUUCCUUCCUUUCAUGCCAACAUUGUAAUGGUAAUGUAACAUAUAUUUUUUUUCAUCUCUCUUUUAUUCCUUGGGAUUGAUUCAGCUUGUUCUUUGUUUGUAGACAUGUAGUAACUGUCGUCAAACUGGACACAACAAACGCAAUUGUAAGCUACCUCAUGUGCCCAAGCCACCAAAUAUGCGAGCAGGAAGACCAUCUAAGAAACAGAAGACAACCACUCAACUUGGCGAGUCAACCGAAGUAGGAGAAACAACAACUGAAGUUGGAGAACCAACCAUUGAACUUGGCUCGUCUUAGAACUCUUAAAAACUUUCUUUUUGAAUAUUGUACCUCACCUCAGCUUUAAAACUAUGUUUUGGUGUUUCAGAUUAA